CCUAAUCCAAUAUUUGAUUCCCACAUUUUCAAAAAGACCGGACCGAAACCGGAUCAAUCUUGACAGUUUAACCGACCCGGACCGUAUAGCCACCCCUAGUUGAUAUUAGGCCACGAACUUUUGAUCUCCCCCGUUCUUUUCAGUCGAUGAGUUACAUAUUGAAAUUCAAAAUUUUGAUUAUAUUUUGACUUUUGAGAAAAGUGAGGUGCAAAAUUCUCCGCACGUGAAGAAGAGAAGAGUAAGUCGACCAACUUAGCCAACCACAAGCCAAACUUCUCCCUCACUUAAGUCAGCCCAACCCGUUCCUCGCCUGAUCAUUGGAUCGACUUCCCCUGAAUUUGACGGAACUAGGGAUGACAAAAAUAUCCGUAACCGUGGAUAUCCGCCCGAAUCCGGUCUAAUUUGGUAGUGUAAAAUCCGAACCCGAAGGACAUUUAGUGGGUAUGUAUAAAACCCGAACCCGAAUAUUGCGGGUAAUGGGUUGGCAUGAGUUUCUCACUAUCCAACCCGAACCCGCUCGAUUAUACACAUGCAUAUGUAUUUUGUCUAGAUGUAAUCAUUAUAUUUCUCUAACAAAUUUUAUAUUUAGCAUAUAAAUAUAAUAUUUUUAUGAAAUUGUGUUGUUUUAAUUAAUUUUCCUCAUUCUAGUGAAUUAUUAUCAUACUUUUCCUCUUACAUAAUGUAAGAAUACGUGUGAAUCUUAACAUAUUGGUUGGAGUUGUGAAGAGAAAUAAUUACCCAUGCAUAACCGUGUAUACCCGAAACCCAAACAUGUAUGAGCAUGAUUUUGAUUUUUUACCCAUUUCACAUGUGGAUAUGAAUAUUGAUAAAAACAAUAAAACCUAAAAUCAAGGUUGUCAAACCGGUUUAAGUCAUUGAGCUGGUCAAGCAAGGGGUUUGAGGUUUAAUGGUCUGAUCGGGGUCCGGCCGGUUUGAGCCGUUUUAGACGUUUUCUAAAUAUAUAUACAAAUAAAGUAGUAAUUAAAAAUUUAAUGAGUGAAAUAAAAUUUAUCUUACAUAUAUCUAUUAAAAACUUAUUUUCAACAAAAUAAAUCUACCUAACCUCCAUGAUCCACCUACCAUUUCCCUUCCUUCGUUCCUUUUCCUCUCUUCUGCCUCUCUACUUCUCCCUGUUUAGGGGUCAGACCGGGGGGUUUUCUGGAGGCCGUUUUGAAACCCGACUCGGGUUGAACCGGGUCCAACCGGGGGGUUCGAUAGGGAUUUAACAACCUUGCCUAAAAUAUUUAGGGUAGAGUAACGGAUAUGCACUAUCCGCCCCGACCCAACCCGAACUAUUGUCAUCCCUAGACGGAACCGGAAGAUUCUGACCCUUUCCCACCGAACGAACGAAGCAAGCUUUUUGUGCCUUUGUUCCCCUUCUCUCUUUCCCCUCCCGUCGACCUUUUCGUUGGUUCUGUCUCAGAUUUCCACUAUCCUGCCACAGCAAUGAAACUGCGACUUAGGUCUCUUCUUACCAAUCAAACUCUGAAGCUCGAAGUUCCGGAGACAUGCAAUCUCCAACAGCUUAUAGGGAUUCUCUCUGAGUCCUUCUCUUCGCCUUCGCCAUCUCCUCCCCGUUUCUCUCUCAACCGGAAAGACGAGCUCCUAGGAUCUUCCCCGCUCAAUCCAUUACGUUCUUUAGGGAUUACCUCUGGCGAUCUGAUUUAUUUCUCUUUUGACGCAAACGAUUUCUCCCCAGUUCCAACAGAAACCCUAGGCGCCGGCUCCUGUUCGAGUUCCAUGGCCUCCUCACGAGGACAGUUGUCCGCCAAGGAAGGGUGUAAAAACCUACCGGCACCUUCUAAUUCGGGUAAUUUCCGAGCAUCUGAUGCCUUUGAUUCGAAGGGUAGUGCUUGUGAUGUGAAUUGUGGGCUUAGCUCCGAGAUUUCUAGGGAUUCUGGCCUGAUGGUUGUGAGUAAUACGGAAGGGGAAAGUUCGAAUGUUAAUUUCGGUGUAGAUGAACACAGGUCUAUAACUCUUGGCGGAAAAUCAUCUGGAACAGUGAAGUCAGAUGAAGAUGAUUGUAUGGAUAUUGAUGGGGCAUCGUCUGUAAAUGCUAUUGGGAUCAGCGAAAGGUUUUCUCAGCCGUACUUCCUGCGGUGGGUGUUGAGGGCAGAACUGGGUGCUUGUGAUAGUAGUUAUCACAAGCUCCUGUUUGCAGCAGUUCACGCAGUUUUUCUGGAGUCAGGUUUUGUGGGCUACGAUUCAGUGUCUGGGAGUAGAAUGGAGCAGUUUCACUUUGACAAGGACUGGCCUUCGAUGUGGUCAGCACUUUCAGUCUCGUAUACUCUCCCCCAACUUCAGGGAAAGGAUGUUAUAUCAAUCGCUUUGAAGUUCCGAACUUUGGGCAAUUUCUUGAAUGUCUUUGGUUCUUUGGUUACAAGUGGAGCAAAUACGUACCGCCUCUGCUUGAAUGGAAAGAAUUUGGUCCCGACUCUGCACCUGCUUUGGGCGAAUUCCCAGAAGAGGCAGACUGAUAGUGAUGGAUCUCUCGAGGCCAUGGAUUAUUCUCAUGAAAGCCAGGUCUUUAAGUUCUGGAAAGAUGUCAAAGAUGGGCUAUGUCUGCCAUUGUUGAUUGAUCUUUGUGACAAGGCCGGUUUGCCUUUGCCAUCAUGUUUUCUGAGCCUCCCUACUGAUCUUAAGCUCAGCAUUCUGAAGCUGCUUCCUGGAGUUGACGUUGCUAGGAUGGAAUGUGUUUCUUUGGAGAUGCGUUAUCUAUCAUCAAACAAUGAGCUUUGGAAUCAGAAGUUUGCAGAGGAGUUUGGAAGUGAGCAGCUUGCGACCUACCCAAUGAUCAAUUGGAAACAGAGGUUUGUUUCUGAACUUGAGUGGAGUAGGAAACGAAAAAGGGAGGAGGAAGAGAUGGCAGCUAUAAGGUGGUCUGUGCCUGGAAUUAGAAGGGAUCCUAAUCCACUUGGGUAUCCUGCUGGUGGAAUCUUGGGUGGAGAUUACGACCGCAUACCUGGGCUGGGAAUCCCGCUUCCUUUCCCACGUGUUGGUCCUGGGCUGGGCAUGCCGCCAUUUUUUACACAGCACAUUGGUCCAGGUUUAUUCCAGGGUGGGCGAAGAACAUCUCGCAACAUGAGGACCAACUGUGAUUUUUGAGGGGGGUUCCGUCUAUAGUGUUACUUGCCUUCGCUUGGUGCAAGUGUGAUUCGGUCCUUGAAUGGCAAUGUCACUAUCUCUCCUAGGUGAUGAAUAUUAAGGGUUCGGUCUCUGCAGCUGUCUGGAAGUUGAAUUAAGAUACAGUCUUGUAGGAUGAUGAUGGUAAAGGUAAACUUGGAAAGCUGGCCUAGUGCUGGUAUGUUUCAGUGUAGGAAACCUUGUAACAAAUAAAAUUGCAGUUUCUGUUAGCGAGUAGAUGUUUCUUGAUUUUUUUUUUGUGACCUCUGUGUAUCAUGGGUGGGUUGCUUUGAUGAAUGAUGAUUACCUCCUGUGAUAAAUGGCUUCUUUUUUACAUGAUUAGUGUCUAUUAACAAUUGUUACUGUGAUUGGUGGCUGGGGCUUUUCUUUGUUGGUUGUUGAACCUCUGCAUCUCUGUGAUUUCCUUGUUCUGUCUUGGUUUUGUGAGGUUGUCUUUCCUUGUUGUUUAGCUUUCUUCUUCCUCUGUUGCUGCAGUUUUUCCCGUCUUUUUCCUCUUGCUGUAAACUACCUUUCUUUCUUUAAUUAAUAUUAUUUCACAAUUAUGAAAAAAUAAUACCUAAUUAUAAAUAAACAUACAUCACUCUUAUAUGCGAAUUCUUUAAAUAGUAUCUAAUUAUAAACAAAUAUAUACCACUCUUAUAUAAAAACAAUACAUAUAUUGUGUACACAUAAAUAUAAAAAAUAUAAUGUAUUAUAAAGAAUGCAAGCAUUGUAACAAUCUUAAUAUCCAUGCACAUUAAAUUUGAACGGGAAUGACAUUCUCUCUCUAAUUCUUUCCUUACAAACUAUAGAAAGAUAAUUGAUAAGGAUAAUUGGUUAGGAUGGGGUAGAUUCUCUAUAAACUAUAAACUAUGCAUAAACCACGGUUUUAAAGUCGUAAUCAUCAUUGACGCCAAAAGUAGACAGAUGUAAAAUAUCAUACAAAAACCUACUAGUGUGCCGUUCGGGGAACAAAUACCAGCUAACGAACCGAACCCCCACCAAUAACUAAGAUUUCUCGGGGUUGGAUAACCAAUCAAAUGUUGAUUAAGUGUGGAGGAUAUAGGUUGUUUAAGAAGGGAGAAUCGUUGGUUGCUUAUAGUCAAUUCUUUUUUUCCUAUCCUAUCGUGACAACUCUUCUUCCCCCACACAAUCUCUGAAUAAUCAUGUAUGGAGUUGUUAUAUAAAGUAAAAUUUUGUUUAGAAUGUCGAUAUUACUUUUCGGUUUUGUUGAUAUACUGUUAUCAAAAUGAAGAAAAUGAGCAAGAUAUUUGUCUAAGAGAUCAUUAUAAGUUUUUAAUACUUGAAGGAUAUGAAUAACCACAAGGCGGCUGAGUGUGAAGACUUUACCCAUAGUUGUAGCACAUAUUCUAGUGAGUUUGGUACGAAUACAUAAAAUACUAAAAU